UUCAGUAUCUCUUGCCACUCCCUCGUACUCAAGAUGCAGAUCAACUUAUUCAAGGCUCUGCUCUCGUUUAUUGCCUUUGGGCAAUGCUAUGGCCUGAAUCCUCCUCUUGAUGUCACCUGGAGGGCCGACAAUUGUAACGGGUUCAUGUUCAAUGGAGCCUCCUUAAACCAAAUAUGGGACAACGCAGCAUCGAUGGCUUUGAAUGCUCAGCUUUCAAUAGCUGCUGUCCCCAAUACCGCAAUGCAAGUGGUGACAGCCAGUGCCGAUGACAAAAGAGCAGGAGGAAAUGCACAGCUCAUGUGGGGUCCCAAGUACUCGAGGGCUACGGGAGCGGAUUCGACCCUUCAGGGCAACCUGCAAUUUGUCACCACUGCGUACGGCGACGCCUUGAAAGGACUGAAAAAAACUCUGACCGGGGCCAACAACUUCGAUCUCAACAAUGCGAUUCUGUUCUGUGGGAACACGGGUUUUCAGCAAGGAAUACCUCCUGGCAGCAGCUUCAUGAGUGACGUCUGGUACUAUGAAAUCCAAACCGGUACGGCUCCGAAUCAGGUUACUGAAUAUUUUGUCCCCAAUUACGCUACAGGCUUCAACGCCCCUAAGCCAUGCACGGAGACGGGGGAUGAUGCUUCUUACAAUGCAAUGACAUCCAUGGCCACACGGAUCGUCAACGGCGUUUCAACUGAUUUUGUCUCCAUCAUGCUAUGUCCCGACAAAAAGCCUUCACAGCCAGCCACCUUGACCAACCCCUUCACAACUACGGACAACACUGGCAAUCCGAAUGCUUAUAGUUCCAUGGCAGGAACAAUCUUACAUGAAAUGGUCCACGUGGUUGGCCUAUCUAGAAACGAAGACUGGUCCGAUAAGACAAAUCCGAAUGAUGCUAAAGGCAAUUAUGGCUUUCUCAAAUGUGUCGCCUUGGCUAGCAGACUUGCACCAAAUACCUAUAAAAACCCAGACAAUUACCGCAUCUUUGCCGAGAUGAGCAUGUCUCCAACGACGGAGUGGAGAGCGCCAAACCCCGCCACCUAGACCCAGAGAAAUUAUGUGAAGUGCCCGUGACUAGGAGUAACAGAGAGGGUACUAGUCGAUGGGGGAUGGUGUUUUUAGAGGCGUUUUCAUUUCGUUAUUAUUGAUUGAUCACAUUGAAUGGAGUUCUUUCAUGGGAAGGUUUUAGUUUCGUCUUGAUCACCGAUGAGUUUAUACUAGUCAAACAGACUUCAAGAUAUCUAUCACUAGAUACGUG